AAGAAAGGUGUGUCCUUUCUGACCGAGGUUGUGUUUCAAAAGGGAGGGUUUACGGAAUGAUAGCCCGCAUCCUUGUUUAAAAAAAAAAAAAAAAUUGUACCACCACCUCCCUUUCAGGUAACUUCUUCCAUUCGGAGACUUGCACACGAACAGAAGUUUCUGAGCAGGCAGAUCUCACGACCACUGCAACAUGACAGAGUCAGCCGAAGCUGUGGCAGCCGACGUGAACAGCAGGAGAAGUGUGACCAUUGAAAUCACCAACGUCACCAACGGCUACUGCCUCAUCAACCCCAGGGUGUACAUUGAGAAUGGGGAGACAUACAACCCACCCCAACCUACAGUACGCCCCCUAAAGACAGAAGUUUGCACUUUCACCAAAUCAAGUGCCAAAGCAACCGGCAGCGUUGGCGUACUGACCUAUGACCUCUUCGAGAGGUCGCGCAACGACCACGCUGAGACGCUGGCCAUCAUGUUCUCAGUUCCCUGGGACUACAACUUGUACAAGAACUGGUUUGCAGUGGGCAUCUACCAAAGGGGCCGCAACUGUGAUAAGGCUUUGUACAAAGAAAUGUACUACGAGAAGAAUCAGCAGGAGCACGGGUUUGUCAGGGAGGAAGCCGUCGGGUCGGGAAUCAAUUACGUGGGCAACUCCCUUGAUAUCAAGGCCACCAUGUGUCCAAUGGGCAACGCCAUCAUGAAGGUGGAGGUGUGGGAUAAGCUUUUCACAUCCAUGGGCCAGCAGGCAUACUAGCGACCCGUAUUUCUGUCAUGUGUUUUGACAGCCGAAUUCAUCACUCCACCUCAGGCUUUUACCUGCCAGACUCCUUCUAAUACAGUGUGCAUGCAUGAUUUAACAGACGUAUUGUUGCUGACAUGUGUCUGUAUACCUGGCUAUUACCCUACAGUAAAUCUGCUUAAGAGCCGAGUUGAGUUUGUUUAUAAAUCCGGGUGGCAAUAUCCCAUCUUUAUAACCAAAGCCCAUAUCUGUUUCAAUGGCAUUCGGUUUUUAAAAUGGAAUCUUUAGAAAUGGAAAUCAAAGAAUAACUCAGUCGAGGAUGAGGGCACAUGGCUUAAUAAAAUACACAGAGCGCAAGUCUGUAUUUGCCUUGACACUGUAUUCUGAUGAAUGAAAUAAACAUUUUUUUUUUCUCUGGA